AUGGAUAGUCUUGUGAGGGAGCGAGGGAGCGAAGGAGCGAGAUUCGAAUCUCGCUCCCCAGCUCCAUCGCUCCAAUGUUGGAAUACGAAGGUUACGAAUUUGCAUAUCAUUAUGGCCAUUACUUCAGUCCCUGCCUGGACGCCUAGUUAUAACACAACUCGAGGACCCUAG